AGUCAGGGGCUGCCCCUGUUCAUUGCUGGGGGGUACGUGGACCACCAGCCCAUUGUUCAGUAUGACAGCGAAACCGAGAAGGCUGUGCCCCAAGUUUCCUGGAUGUUGAAAGCAGAGAAAGACAAUGCUCAGUAUUGGGAAAAGAUCACCCAGGAAUUCCUCAAGCUGGAUAUGAAAUUCAGCCAGUACCUGCUGGACCUACAGGAUCAAUACAACCAGAGCAACGGUUUCCACACUCUGCAGCUCAUGUACGGCUGUGAACUGAGCCCAGACGGGCGCAAAGAAGGGUAUUACCGGUACGGCUACGACGGGAGAGACUUCCUCAUUUUUGAGAAGGAGACCCUCACCUGGACGGCAGCUGACAGAGAGGCCCAAGUGAUGAAGAGGAAGUGGGAUGCAGAGUUGGCCAAGAAGCAGUACCGGAAGGCCUACCUGGAGGAGGAGUGCAUUGAGUGGCUGCAGAGAUACCUGGACUACGGGAAUGAAACUCUGCUGAGGACAGAGCUCCCAGUGGGGAAGGUGACGCGUCAGGCCCUUCCAGACAGCCAGGAGUCCCUCAUCUGCCAGGCCUAUGGCUUCUACCCCAGAGAGAUUGACACCACCUGGAGGAUGGACGGGAAGGUCAUGGAGCAGGCCACUUUCCGCAGGGACGUCGCUCCCAAUUCCAACGGGACCUACCACGCCUGGCUCAGCAUUGACGUGGAUCCCCAGGACAGGAACCGCUAUUAUUGCCACAUAGAGCAUGUCAGCCUAACACAGCCUCUGGUCUUGGCCUGGGAGGAGCCUGCCAAGGGAGGCUAUUCUUUUGCCACUCCGGGAAACAUUGUCGGGGGCAUGGUGGCAGCGGCUGUGGUGGCAGUAGUUGGGGUGGCUGCUGUGAUCUACUGGUACUUUGUCCGCAGUAAGUAA